GGGCACUGAAUCCAAGCUUCUCGGUAAUGUAACCCUACUUACGAGCGGCGCAGCAUUCUUUCCUAGCACGUACUCUAAUUACUUCUCAUAGCUAUCUCUCGUGCUUCGCAGUUUUCUUUCCUCUUAGUAACUUUCUCAGUAACCUUCCGCACAGGUUCAUACUGCGACAACCAUUUUGCCAUAUGAAAAUGCAUCUAGAACACCUGUUCGUGGCGAUCCUUGGCGUAUGCGCCACAGUGAUAGCAUCACCAGUCAACAAACAGCCCAACGAAAUUUAUACCCUAGGAAAGUCAUGCCACAUCCCAACCGACGUUCUCUCCACUCCAAUUCCACCAUCGCAAGACAGCUGGUACAUGGAUCCUCCCUCUGGCUUCGAGUCCACGACCCCGGGAACCAUCCUCCGCAUCCGCAAAGCGCCAGGGAACCUCACUGAUAUUAUCGCCAACAGCUCCACCGCCUACAAUAUCCUGUACCGCACUACUGACAGCCAGUACAAGCCAACCUGGGCUGUAGCGACGCUCUUCCUGCCAAGUGUGAUAACUCCCAACUACGGGGAGUAUUUCCUCUCGUACCAGAUCCCAUACGACAAUGCCAAUGUUGACGGAAGCUCUUCAUACGUGAUUUAUGAGCCGGGCGUGACGCCUACAGAUAUCAGCGCGGGAUUGGGCAGGGGCUGGCAUGUUCUCACUGGGGAUUACGAGGGCCCGCUCGCGUCGUUCAGUGCCGGUGUUAUGUCUGGGCAUGCGGUACUUGAUGGAGUGAGGGCCGUGUUGAGUGGUAGCUGUGCGGAGACGUUUGGACUGCUUCCGGAGGUCAAGUAUGCCCUUUCGGGAUACUCGGGUGGCUCAAUCGCCAGUGAGUUUGCCGCCGAACUGCAGAAAGACUAUGCUCCGGAACUCAAAUUUGUAGGUGUUGCAAUUGGUGGGACGGUACCCAACAUUACAAGUGUUCGGGACACCGUUGAUGGCACCGUCUCCGCUGGGCUGCUCCCCUCGUGGCUCGUGGGCGUAACGAGCCAGUUCCCCUUGGCUCGCAAGUACUUGGUGAGCGUGUUGAAGAAAACCGGUCCCUACAACGCUACCACCUUCUUCUCAGUAGCAGCGAGUGGGGACAUUUUCACAGACCUUACGGUCUUCGAGUUCCAAAACAUAUCCAACUAUUUUGUUGACGGAUUUGCGGACCUCAAUGACCCGCUGGUGCAGGCGGUCGUGAAGAGUGAUAACACGAUGGGCGACCACGGCCUGCCAACGAUGCCAUUGUUUGUGUACAAGGCGAUUCAUGACGAGUUGAGUCCGGUGGUUGAUACGGAUGAGCUCGUGGACCGGUAUUGUGAGCUGGGUGCCAGUAUCUGGUACCGGCGUAACACGGUUGGAACUCAUGGCUCGGAAUCUGCGGCUGAGAACCCCAUAGCUUUUGAAUUUCUGGAGUCUGUUUUUGCUGGGACGUAUUCAAUAGAUGGGUGUAAGAUUGAGACAGUAACUAACCCCGCACCUUCUCAGGUGGUUGUUGGAAUAUGACAUAUCCGUUGUUUUCGUUCUCUCUGCGUACACGAACAGGGCUUUAUCUAAUCUAUCAUAAUGUAGUACUUUCAGGAUCAAUUCCCCUGCAUUCAGUAGGGAGCAAAAAGGAAAGGGGUGGUGUAGGAAGAACUAAAACAUCUUCCCAGAACAAAUGCUGAAGCUGCGAUUGAGAAAGUUGUACGGCUAAGAAAUGCAGAUGAAAAGAAACAUGUAAGAAUUUCAAAUAGGAACUGCAUAAUUACGUUCUUAAACGAGCUUUCGGGGGCAGACGGAC